AUGUGGCCUCAGUUCCGUAUCCCUGUGCCCGUGAAAGUGCUCUGUUCACUCUUCACCCCUGCCCAUCUGUGCCAUGCUCUUCACCCCUGCCCAUCUGCGCCAUGGUCUUCACCCCUGCCCAUCUGUGCCCUGCUCUUCACCCCUGCCAAUCUGCGCUAUGGUCUUCACCCCUGCCCAUCUGCGCCAUGGUCUUCACCCCUGCCCAUCUGCACCAUGCUCUUCACCCCUGCCCAUCUGCACCAUGCUCUUCACCCCUGCCCAUCUGCGCUAUGGUCUUCACCCCUGCCCAUCUGCACCAUGCUCUUCACCCCUGCCCAUCUGCGCCAUGUUCUUCACCCCUGCCCAUCUGUGCUAUGGUCUUCACCCCUGCCCAUCUGCACCAUGCUCUUCACCCCUGCCCAUCUGCACCAUGCUCUUCACCCCUGCCCAUCUGCGCCAUGCUCUUCACCCCUGUCCAUCUGCACCAUGCUCUUCACCCCUGCCCAUCUGCGCCAUGCUCUUCACCCCUGCCCAUCUGCACCAUGCUCUUCACCCCUGUCCAUCUGCACCAUGCUCUUCACCCCUGCCCAUCUGCGCCACGGUCUUCACCCCUGCCCAUCUGCACCAUGGUCUUCACCCCUGCCCAUCUGCGCCAUGGUCUUCACCCCUGUCCAUGUGUGCCAUGGUCUUCACCCCUGUCCAUCUGUGCCAUGGUCUUCACCCCUGCCCAUCUGCAUCAUGGUCUUCACCCCUGUCCAUCCCGCUGCAGGGCUGCCGGGGUUUAUCAUGUGGGAAUGA